CUUAUAUAAGGGACACUUAGACUGCCUGCCAGGUUGAGGUGAUUCGGGGUUCUCCGCUGACCCCCACGUUCCUCAGAUGAACCCCAUCAACUCCAUGAAACCUGCCCUGCCUCCAACGCCACACAGUGACGGCUCGUACCCCUAUGACCCAGCGUCCUGGCAGCAAGGCACCAACCAGCCCCCCGGCUCCCUGUCUGUGGUAACCACAGUGUGGGGGGUUACCAGUCCUUCACCCAGCCAGGUAUUUGGUGCACCUAUGGGACCGGGUGGCAAUUCAGCUGGUGGUCACAUGAUGCCUGGUAACAGCCCUGGCAUGAACUCUCCCCAGUUCAUGGGGCAGCAGGGCUACCCGGAGCCCAAGGGCUACAUACAGCAAGGGAUGUAUGGCCGCCCAAGCGGAGGCUACCCAACAGGACCUGCGUAUGGUGGCAGUUACCCCAAUAAUGGUGGCGGAUCCCUCGGGAUGCCUCCUCAUGGCGUUCGCCCUCCCACUGACUUUACCCAGGCCGCUGCUGCCGCUGCUGUCGCCGCCGCCGCUGCCACAGCAACCGCCACUGCCACGGCGACUGUUGCCGCAAUACAGGAAAAGCAGAACCAGGAGAUGAACUACGGGCCUAUGGGUGGUGCUUCCUCUUACAGCACUCAGUUCAUGCCCCACCCUGGACCCCGUGGCCCACCAGGCAUGGCCUCCUCUGGGAUGGUGGGAUCCAGACCACCCUCUAUGGGAGGCAUGUACGGUUCGCCGGGUCAGCGUAUGCCCCAACACUCUGGUUAUCCCGGGGGCCAGCAGGGACCUCCGCCACGACACCAGCAGGGGCUGAAGCGCCCUUACAACUCUGAGGGAUUUCCAGGGCAACAGUAUGGCUCCGGGAUGGGAGGUGCAGGUCCUUACCCUGGCCAACCCAUGCAGUACCAUGGCCCUGGCCCACAGCGAUCUGCACCUUCACCUUCAUACACGGGCCACAGAAUGCCACUACAGCAGACCAACAUGGGCCAGUAUCCUGCAGGACCAGGAAACCCAGGCCAAUAUUACAAGGCAGAUCAGUUCAACGGGCAAGGAAACAACCAUGGAAGUAUGGCUACAGGAGUGGGUGGAGGUGGAGGGUACAGCACUUUUAACCAAGGGGCUGUGAACGGGCCUGGGCGGGCCAUGCCUGGCUACCCUAGCUCACCCCUGCCAGGGAACCCUACUCCUCCCAUGACACCUGGCAGCUCAAUGCCACCUUAUAUGUCACCUGGACAGGAUGUGAAAUCUCCCUUCCUCCCUGAUGUCAAGCCCAAUAUUAACACAAUGCAGCCCCCUACAGGGAACCCAAGCGAUGACCUGCGUCUGACUUUCCCUGUUCGGGACGGGGUGGUGCUGGAACCUUUCCGACUGGAGCACAACCUGGCUGUCAGCAACCAUGUCUUCCAGCUGCGCGACUCCGUCUACAAGACACUCAUGAUGAGGCCAGAUCUGGAGUUGCAGUUUAAGUGUUAUCAUCAUGAGGACCGGCAGAUGAACACCAAUUGGCCUGCCUCGGUGCAAGUGAGCGUGAACGCCACGCCCCUUACCAUCGAGCGAGGAGACAACAAAACCUCCCACAAGCCUCUCUACCUGAAACAGGUGUGCCAGCCAGGUCGGAACACCAUCCAGAUUACAGUCACCGCCUGCUGCUGUUCUCAUUUGUUCGUGCUGCAGCUAGUCCACCGCCCGGUGCGGUCUGUUCUGCAGGGUCUUAUGAAGAAGAGGCUCCUACCUGCCGAGCACUGUGUCACCAAAAUCAAGAGGAACUUCAGCAGUGGAACCAUACCAGGAACCCCUGGGCUAAACGGUGAGGAUGGUGUGGAGCAGACAGCCAUCAAAGUUUCCCUGAAGUGUCCAAUCACUUUCCGACGCAUCCAGCUUCCAGCACGUGGCCACGACUGUAGGCACAUACAGUGUUUUGACCUGGAGUCGUACCUGCAGCUUAACUGUGAGAGAGGGACUUGGCGCUGUCCUGUUUGCAAUAAGACAGCUCUCUUGGAGGGACUAGAAGUGGAUCAGUAUAUGCUGGGCAUUCUCAUCUAUAUCCAGAAUUCAGACUAUGAGGAGAUCACUAUCGAUCCAGUGUGUAGUUGGAAACCAGUCCCUGUAAAGCCUGACCUGCAUAUUAAAGAAGAUCCGGAUGGUCCAGCGUUGAAACGAUGUCGCACACUUAGUCCCAGUCACAUGAUCCUGCCUAGCGUUAUGGAGAUGAUUGCUGCACUGGGCCCAGCCUCAUCGCCGUACCAAUCCAUGUCACAAGGUGGCAGCAGCAGUACACCUGAUUACCCAAGCCAAGCUGGUUCAGGAUAUUCCAAUCAGCCUGGCUUCUCUGACUUCCCCAACGCUCCCGGCACUCCAAACUUGGUCGAAUUUUCCUCGGGACCCCCACCCCUCUCCUACCAGGCCGACAUUCCCAGUGGCCUACUGACCACUGAGAAACCAGUAGGGCACUCCAUGUCUGGACAGAUUCCCCACUCUAGUCGCAUGGACCCAUCCCACAACCCCCUCCAACAGCAGCAGCAGCAGCAACAGCAGCAGCAUCAAACACUCCACGGCAGUUCCAACCUGGGCGGCCCAGGAGGACCCAUGCAUUCACGCAACUCCAACCAGAAUCCCCGGCUGCACACAGAUAGCUUUGGCCUGGGUGGCCCCGGGGGACCAGGAGAUGUAACUGAGCCCGGCCUUGAUCUGCUCCCAGAGCUAACAAACCCAGAUGAGCUGCUGACCUACCUGGGUCCUCCUGACCUCCCUAACAACAGCAAUGAUGACCUGCUCUCGCUGUUUGAGAGCAACUGAGUGCAUAUAAAGCUUGUUCACCACCUACAGCUUUGCCACACCAUCCUUAAAACAAACCCACCUCCCAGCAGUACAUACACUCAGCACGCUACAAGGAGGUUUGGGGGGAUCAGGGCGUGGAAUCCUCGCAAACAUUGAGUGUAAUUAUUGGCCUGCUCUGUUCCUCUGAGACUGGAAUGCAGAAAUGCUCAAAGUAAAGAAGGUGCAGAAGUUUUUAUCCAACAUUGACUUUACUGUUAGUCUGCCUCUGAAAAAUGUCAUGGUUUUAUUGUGUUUUUUUCCCCCUAAAUUGAAGAGAUAUUCCCAGCACCUGCAAAAUCCAUUUGUAGAAAAAGCAGCACCCCUUCUGAUGUCUGACUUGUGCUUGGUGUAAACUACAUUGCAUUUGAAGUCUAUGGAAUUUGCCCAUUGUUGUUUAUUCUAGAUCAUAUUUUAAUCACAUGUGAAGUACCGACAUUCUUAAGAAUUUGUCAUAAACAAGAAGAACCGUAUUUUGAUAAAGCUACGGGCUCUUUAAGAAGAAUGAUACCAGAAAAAAGCCAAAAUAUGUCUGGCCUCUGUUGUAACUUGAAUGCAUGUAAAAGCUGGGAAUGCCAAUGGACCCUGCAAACACAAGACACAGACAUGCCUUACCUCAAGAGGUUGAAAAAAAAAAUAUUCCUCCAGCAAGCUAGCAUGCUAUCAUAUAUGCCAUUACUUGAUCUCACAAAUUUGUACUUGAAGUCCAGGAGAUAUAUUUUGUGUUGGGAGCCUCUUUACAGCCUGCAUGCCCUUGUCCUUUGCCUUGUUGUUUAGAGAUGCAGGCAUAUCUUGCUGUAGCAUCAAAUAAACAUACUGUACUCAUUUGCCAAACUUAAAAAAUGAGGUUGUGUCCAGAGGGAUCUUCGAUCAUGCAGCCACUGUCAAUGUGAGAAAAAUCAUUUGAUCCCUGCAAGUGUGUUUACACAGAAUGAAAUACAAGAAGCACACAUUAACUUGCAGACAUACCACAAAUGACACCAAGUAGGUUUCUGGCACACCCUUAUUCUACUCAGUUCUUUGCCUCCUUAAUCAUUUUUUUCACCUUUUAUUUAAACACUGGUGUCUUCCUGCACUGUUGGCACAAAGUCUUGUGCUGAUUGUACAUGUCUGAGCUACACAAGAGAAGGACCAACAUCUCAAUCCUGAUGGUUCUCUAUUUACCUUUACUUACUAGGCAUCGUGUUCUUUUAGUUGCUUUAGAUAUGCAAUUUCCCAUCAUUUAGCAGAAGGACUUUUCAGAAAGAAGAGGUCUCGCAGAGCACAAGCAACCCAAACACACACACACACACACACACACACGUCAGACAGGGUAGAUCUCUCGCAAAUGCACACUCAAGCUCACAAAAUGCAACUCUGUUAGUUUCAGAGUGCGUUCAGGUCCUAAACUAUAGCAGUCUCACAUUUUGUAUCCGACAUCUGGAUAUUUUGAUAGUUGUUGCAGUAUGAUGGCCUCCUAAUAGUCCGGUCUAAUUGCAGUACCCAUUACUUGUUUCUGCUAAGGAACAAUUAGGGAGCUGUGUUGAAAAUAUGUACAGAUAUAGGAUUAUUAUUGUUGCAGAUGUAUACGCGCUCCUGUACCCCAUGAUAAAACACGCAAACACUUUAAACACUAUGACAAUGUUCAUUUCUGUCCAAAAAAGCUCUUGUUCCUUUUAAGUUUGAAUGCAAAAGAGACUCCAUUGAGAGAGAAGGACAGUCUGCUGCCCUGUAUCUUGUCUUGUCUUACUUUUAUUUAUGAUUGCUCUCUGGAUGCUGUCGGCUAUGUGCAGUUUGUAUCCUAAACAAUCCGGGGGGGGUCAGGAGUUCUUGGAUGUGCAAUUGUUUUUUUGAAGACAUUUGUGUAUCAUACAAUUUUAUCUUUUGAUUAUAUAAUUAUUGUUAUUAUAAUAAUUAUAAAGAUAAUUGGUGGGCCUGUAUGCAUCUCUCUUGUGUGUUAUCUAGCAAAGUUUAUGAAUUUGUUAAAAAAAGAAAGGAAAAAAAGUACAUUUCACCAUCAGAUCUGUGACCAUGAAGGGUUUCAAUAAGAGAGCGGGAAAGCGUCUUUGAGACCAGCAGCAAGUCACAUAUUACUGUUCAUCCAACUGUUAAAAAAAAAAAAGUUUGACUGUCAUGUGUAGGUGAAUCUUUUACGUUUUAACGAUUGAAUUAAACUUGUAAAAUCUUAAUCAUUUUUUUUUUGUUUGUUUUUCUAAAGAUGUGAAAUAUUUCCAUUAUGUUUUUUAAGUAAAGAUUUAAUCCCCA